ACCACCGUUCCGUCUCAUUGGCAUUCGCGGGCGGUCCCCGGGCCUGUGUGUAGCAGAGGGGGGGAUGUGACAGCGUGGAUCGGGUGUGUGAGCCCCACUGACUGACAGCGCCGACCCGGCUGCACUGCAUCCAGCCGCCGUGUCCCCCUGCUCAUCCCCGGCAGCUCAGCAUCCUGCACACACUGCACCUGCCCAUCAUCCCGGCCUCUGCUGCUGCUGCUCCCCCGUACUCACCCUCACAGCUGCCCCCCCCCCCCCCCCCCCCGCACUCACCCUCCGCUGCUUCUCUCCUGCACUCACCCUCCGCUGCUUUUCUCCUGCACUCACCCUCACUGCUCCCCCUGCACUCACCCUCGCUGCCUCCCCCUGCACUCACCCUCGCUGCCUCCCCCUGCACUCACCCUCCGCUGCCUCCCCCUGCACUCACAUUCACUACUCCCCCUGCACUCACCCUCCACUGCCUCCCCCCUGCACUCACCCUCACUACUCCCUCCUGCACUCAGUGUUCUCUGCUCCCUGCUAUCCCUCCAUCAUACUCCUGCAUCUGGCUCCUCCAUCCAUCCUCACGCCCCCUCCUCUCUCCCCCAGUGCGCGGUGGGGGCUGCAGGUGCUGCUGCAUGGGAGAGGCCGCAGGUACAGACACCUUCUACACCGCAGCGCCCCGCACACCAACAGCCUCUCUGCGGGUAUAUGGACAGGAGCUCCCUGCUGCGGCUCAUCCAGGGGCAGCUUGACCCAGAGAACACAGGUUUUGUAUGUGCUGAAACCUUCGCCACUCUGGUGAGCAACCAUGAGCUGCCCCUGGACCCUGCCAAGCUGGAGAUGUUAUUUGCCCUCUCACAGGGCAACGAGGAAGGGCAAAUCUGCUACUCCCAGCUGGUGGACCUGAUAAGCAGCAAGCGAUCCAGUAGUUUUCGAAGGGCCAUCAGCAGCGGCCAAAGAGCUCUCCCCCGCGAUGUGCUGCUUGACCAGGCUGGGCUGGGAGUCUACAAGAGAUUUGUACGCUAUGUGGCUUAUGAGAUCUUGCCUGGGGAGAUGGAGAGACGCUGGUACUUCUACCAACAUCGGCCAUGUCCACCACCCAUUUUCAUGGCAGCUGUUACUCUAACACAGAUCAUCGUGUUCCUGUGUUAUGGGGUCAGACUGAACAAGUGGGUUUUACAGACAUACCACCCUGAAUUCAUGAAGAGUCCACUGGUAUACCAUCCGGGACACCGGGCACGGGCUUGGCGCUUCCUCACCUACAUGUUCAUGCAUGUCGGCCUGGAACAACUGGGAUUUAACACGCUCCUGCAGCUGAUGAUUGGCGUGCCGUUAGAGAUGGUUCAUGGGGUGCUUAGGAUCAGCUUCCUGUAUUUAGCUGGGGUGCUGGCAGGAUCCCUUGCAGUUUCUGUCACAGACAUGAGAGCCCCUUUGGUAGGAGGUUCUGGAGGAGUCUAUGCCCUCUGUUCUGCCCAUCUCGCUAAUGUUGUUUUGAACUGGGCUGGAAUGCGCUGCCCUUAUAAGGUCCUGCGGAUGGUUCUUGCAUUGGUCUGCAUGAGCUCGGAAGUGGGCCGGGCCGUUUGGCUCCGUUUCUCCCCUCCGUUACCAGCUGCCGGCCCCCAGCCCAGUUUCAUGGCCCACCUGGCAGGCGCGGCUGUUGGGGUCAGCAUGGGCUUGACCAUCUUGCGCAGCUACGAGGAGAAUCUCCAGGACCAGUGCGGGUGGUGGGUCAUCCUGCUGUGCUACGCCACCUUCCUGGCUUUCGCUAUCUUCUGGAAUGUGUUUGCUUAUGACCUGCUCGGUGUGCAAAUCCCGCAUCCCCCCUGACCCCGAUUGUGUCGCAUCCAUUAAAGAAUUCUUUGGUGCUGAAGGGGCCCUCUUCUUUCACCCCCAGCGAAGAACUAGCCUCUUGCUGCAUUGCUGGAACCUUCGGCAGUGCGGAGACUAAGAUUUAUAGACGGGACCAGAUUAUGGGGGCAGAAGGACGCCGUGUUCAUCUAAGUCCAGUAAAGCAGAGUGAUGUGAUGCCGUUUGCUAUGUAUAUACUGUAUGUGGGCAGGUGAUUUUAUAAUCUGAUUUUUAUUUUCCUUUUAAGUUAUUACUGCCUGCACAUUGAGCUCUCCGGGAGUUGGGUUAUCAUCAGGUAGCCAUACUCCAUAAUUCUACAUGUCUUUAUGCCUCCAUGAUCAAACCACUGACUCUUUCUAAGGUUAGUACUUCAUCACCAUUCCAACAACACAUCCUUGUGUUUUAUAUUUAAAAAAAAUAAUAAUAAUACAGCAAUUGAAGGGCCUCUAUUUAUCUGCCUUUAAUAAGCUUACAAAUGCCUUACAUUUCCUAUACUUAUGAACCAUCUUACCUCACACAGGCCCAGCCUCCAUAAGUGACACAAUCAUAUAGAAAGAAAAAAAAUUGGUGAAAUGGGUAACUUAAAUUGAUAGAAGGGGAGGAGUUAUUAAAGUGCCGGAUUCCGUACAAACCAUCUCAAUUCCCAAACUUUAUUAAGCCUGGCUCAAGAGCGACGCAGUGCACCUCAUUCACCAUUUGGAAGUUUGGGAUCUAAACUAGUGGAUUUAACACAUUUCUGAUCUAGAUCUAUAGUAUAUAGAUCUAAUUUAUCAUACUGGUCGGGGGAUAGCCCCCCCGUCCCCCCCCCCCAACAAAAAAAAAAGGUAUACUGCAAUUUUUCAUGUACUUCUCAUGCUAAAAAAGUGGGUUAAUUAAUGAUAUUUGGUUUAGUUAAAAUCUAAAUUUUAAGAAGACUUUCUUUUUAAAAUAUUUCAUGCUGGCUGAAAAAGUGCUCCCAAUUAAACUAUUAUAUCUCUAUAGAUAUGUAUCUUAGAUACACACGUGCGCACAAACUAUCAAAGAGUCCCAGGUGCCAAGUCACCUCAGUCCACCCGCUCUGACUAGCUCUGUUCCCUCUUUCCGCCAUUGUGUCUUUCCCAUCUCUCUCGCACCCCAGGUAGACGGGACAGUCCUUAGAAAAUUAGCACACUUUAAGAAGACUUUCAGAUCCCGCAUUACCUAGACUUGCCCAUAGACGAUGACCACGAUGUUUCUUGUUUUCGUUUUCCAGAAUAUGCACUAAAAGUGCACGGUGUCAGUAAAUGAAGUAUUGCUAAUAAAUGCUCUGGCACAGCACAGUGAAUGUUUUCCUGGUAAAGGUAGGCGGCCGGUGAUAUGGCAGUGAUUGUGGAACUACAAAUCUCAGCAUCCCUGGCCAGCCACAGGCUGACAUUUCUUGCUCUAAUGCAGACAUAUUAUACAAAUAUGGAGGGUGUAAUGUCCCAUUAUCUAUACAAUAUUAUAUAUCUCAAUCAUACACCACACCUGCAUCCUCAUUAGUCUGACACAUACCCAUAUUAUGCCCUAUUCAGCUACAUCUUAUGCUGAGUGUGUGGAACCAAGCAGCCAGAGCCUAGUGUCGCCAUUACCUCAUGUAUCAUUAUAUCAGCUGUGGGGCUAGAAAAGACAUACUGUAUAUAUGGCGCAAUGGGGGGUUGAGAUUAACUUAAUCUAGCAAUUAGGUCCUCAGUGGAAGAUUACCUGAUGAAAACCCAUCUCAACACUUUACUUGUACUCACAAAGUUGCCUCAAUCUUUCGGCCUCUCAUUACCAUGUCCGCCAUUUUUGUAGCUGGCAUUUCUGUCAUUACAUUGGUCCCCAAAUGUUAAUUUGAAGUUUACCAGCUUGAACAAUCCACUGUGUACAGUCAUCCAAAAACUCGUAAUUGUCUUUUGAAAUAUCUUCAACCGAAUAUACAGUAUAUUGUGCUACUACAGUUGAUAGAACAUGUAAGGUCGCAGUGUGACACUCCACCAUUUUUUUUUUUACCUCUUAUUGUAAAAGUGACUUGUAGUAACUGUGAUCAGCAGUGGGGAGGGCAUUUCUUAAAUCGGUGCAGUGUUGCUGCGGUAACCCAUGGCAAUUACAGUCUGACAUUUCCUAAGUCUGGAGCUGGGAGCCAAGUCGCCAUCGGUUGCUAUGGGUUACAUCAUUCUGUGCACCAGUUUCCAUAACUGUGCUGCGAUUGUAUUAUUUAUUUAUUGCUAUGUCUAAAUAUUUUGUUGAAGGCAGCCACAAACCAGGUGAAACGCGUGCAGAUUACCUGUAUGUACUGUAUGGGACACUAGGAAAAAGGUUUUGUAGUCUAUAGCAACCGAUCACUCCCUGUCAUUACUGCACUACAAAAAUGACAGAAUCCGAUUGGGUGCUGUGGGUUACCGUUUCCUCUGUCCCAAUAUACAGAAAUUGCUGUUUUUGUUUAUUUUUUUGUAAGGAUUCUAAGUUAUAUUUGCUUGACAGGUGAACAAGAAUAAUAACAGGCUUUUAAAACAUUCGGAUUUCCAGGUAGAUUCCGGUCACAGAUUAAUUGUUAGCCUGCAAAACUAUUAUAUCAUCUCAGACGGACAGGCAGCGAUUAUGUAUCAGACGCAAGAGUCACAAGUCCAUUAUAGGGAGGACAAAAAAAGAGAGUUGAUACCAUAAAGCUUUAUUUAUUUAGAUUUCUAGACUCUGGCUAUAAAAAAGAGCCACAGACAAAAAAAAAAAGUAUUUGAAAAGUAUACAGAUAUAUAUAUAUAGAUAUAACAGUAUAAAAAAAAAAAAAAAAACUAUAUAAAAAAGUAACAAAGAAAAAAAAAGUAAUAAUUAAAGUAUACUCUGGACAAUUAUUGGAAUGUAAGUGAGAUAACAAUAUUCAAGAACGCCAGAUUUUGUACCCUGUUCAUCCCCCGGACAUCUAACCCUUGAUACAAUAGUGCCAAAAUCAAUUCCUAUAUAUACAGGACACAGAUUUAACCUCAAAAAAUAAGAUUUUACUUACCGAUAAAUCUAUUUCUCGGAGUCCGUAGUGGAUGCUGGGGUUCCUGAAAGGACCAUGGGGAAUAGCGGCUCCGCAGGAGA